AUGGCUGACCGAGGAACUGUCUUCAUAAGGCGAGAAAUAUUGAAUUUUACCAAGUCUAUGGAUGUCAAGAUGAUUUAUUCGACACCUUAUUAUGCCCAAGCAUAUGGUCGGGCUGAUGCCUCUAAUAAGGUGAUUAUUGGUUUGAUAAAGAAGCACUUGAAAGAUAACCCAAGAGAAUGUGAUUCAUUGUUGUCGAUAGUGUUAUGUGCUUAUCGAACAUCUAAGAGAUCAAGCAUUGGGGUUAGCCCUUACAUGCUGACGUAUGGACAAGAAGCCGUACUUCCAUUCGAGAUCACGGUGCAGUCAUUAAGGGUGAAACUGCAAGACAAUAUGACAACAGAAGAGUAUGAUAAGACGAUACAUGCAAACAUUGAUGAAUUAGGAGAAAAUCGAGCCGUAGCAUUGGAAAAGGUAAUAGCCCAAAAAGGAAAAGGUGCGAAGGUUUACAAUAAGCAUGUGAAGGUCAAGCAUUUCGACAUCGGUGACUUAGUUUGGAAGACCAUUUUGCCCACGAGUCUUGAUAAUAAAAAGUUUCACCAAUAG